AUGGUAGUCACAGCUCAUUAUAUUGAUGGGAAUUGGAACUUGCAAAGUCGUAUUUUGAGGUUCAUUUAUGUUCCGGCUCCUGACUCAAGUGAUAAACUUUGUAAUGUAUUAGUUGACUGUUUGAUGGAUUGGAACAUUGACACAAAGUUAUCCACUAUCACACUAGAUAAUUGUAGCACAAAUGAUGCUAUGAUUGAAAAAAUUAAGGAUAAGUUACAGUUAAGCACUUUAUUGAGGGAUGGUUCUUUGUUUCAUAUGCGUUGUUGUGCACAUAUCUUGAAUUUGAUAGUGAAAGAUGGGUUGGAAGUGGUGAAAGAUGGGGUAGAAAAGAUUCGGGAUAGUGUAGCAUAUUGGACAGCAACUCCUAAGAGAAAAGAAAAAUUUGAAGAAACAACAAAACAAUUGAGAAUCCCUUACAAUAAGAGUUUGGGUUUAGAUUGUCCAACUAGAUGGAAUUCGACGUACAAAAUGCUUGAAAUUGUCAUAUCAUAUGAAGAUAUCUUUAGUCGGUUAAAGCAACGGGAGGCUCAACAUACAUGUUUGCCUACUACUUUACGGUGGCAAUUUGCAAAAGAUGUGUGUGGAAAAUUGAAAUUGUUCAAUGCUAUCACUGAAUUAUUUUCUACUACUAAGCAUCCAACUGCUAAUAUGUAUUUUCCAAAAAUUUGUGAGAGUUGCAACUUUUUGGAUCCUAGAUAUAAAAUGGAGUUGCUUGAAUACUAUUAUGAAAAGUUGUAUGAUCAUGAAUCUUUUUCUCAAGUUAGGAUGAUUCGACAACUAUGCUAUGAUUUGGUUUAUGAUUAUCAACUGAAAAUGAGUAAAGAUUUAGGUGGUAGCUCUCCAACUAUUGAUGGUAGUAAUGUUGGUAAUGAUGCCUUAUAUGAGUAUGAUAUAUACAUUAUGAGGAAAAAAAGAGCUAGAAGUUCUUUUGUUAAAACAGAGUUGGACCAUUAUUUAGAGGAGUAUGUUUUACCAAGAAUUGCUGAUUUUGAUAUUUUGAUGUGGUGGAAGUUGAAUGGUAUCAAGUAUCCAACACUCCAAGCAAUUGCAAGGGACAUUCUAGCUAUUCCUAUAUCUACGGUAGCUUCAAAAUCAGCAUUUAGCACUAGUGGUCAAAUUUUAAGUCCUCAUCGUAGUCGACUUCAUUGGAGCACUUUGGAGGCCUUAAUGUGUACUAGAAGUUGGUUAUGGAGUGUUGAAACUUCUGGUAAUGUUUAA